GAAUGUACAUUAUCGCUCAAGAGCUUUAGACACAACCCCACCACAGCAAAAUGUUCAAGUUUUUGGUUAUUGCCGCCCUCAUCGCCUGCUCCUCGGCCAAGCCCGGUCUGGUGGCUCCACUCAGUCUGCCCGUGGGUGGCGUUCCUCUGGCCACCGCCCCAGUGGCCAGUGUGCCCGUGGUCACGGCUCCCCUGUCAGCCGCCGGUGGCAGCAGCCAGGUGGAUGUCCGCAACAACUACGACGGCACCCUCUCCUCCUACACGACGGCUCCGUUCGAGUACGCCGGACCCGUCUCCAGCCGCUACGUGUCGGGUGUUCCGGCCGCCCCCGCCCUGGUGUCCGCCCGGUACGCUGCUGCUCCCCUGACGGCCGCCGCCGCCGCUUACUCCGCUCCGCUGACGGCUGCGUACUCGACUCCUUACGCCUCUGCCCUGGGAGCUGCCGCCGCCUACUCUGCCUAUCCCUACGCCGCUCCCUACGCCGCUCCCUAUGCCGCUCCCUACGCCGCUCCCUACGCCUCUCCCUACGCCUCUCCCUACGCCUCUCCCUACCUCGCCUCCCCCUACGCCGCUCCCUACGCUGCUCCCCAAGCCGCUCCCGUGGCCUUUGCCGCUCCCGCUCCAGUGGUGGCCUUCGGUCUGCCCGCCUUCGCUGCUCCCGGCCUGGCCCCGGCCCCACCAAAGGUGGCAUUCGCUGCCCCAGCCCCAGCACCGGCUCUGGCUCCCGCACCUGCUCCACUGGCCGCUCCGGUGGCUGCUCCCCUGGGAUUCGCCGCUCCAGCGCCCGUGGCAUUCGCCGCACCCGCAAAGUUCGGCUUUGGACCCUUCGCGGCCGCUCCUCUGGCCGUCGGACCCAAGUUCGCCGCCCCCUCCCCCUACUUCUUCUAA